AUGUUCGUGAGGAAGCGCGAUGGGCGCCAGGAGCGCGUCCAGUUCGACAAGAUCACGGCCAGAGUGUCGAGGCUAUGCUAUGGCCUCGACAUGGACCACGUUGACCCGGUCGCCAUUACCCAAAAGGUCAUCUCUGGUGUGUACGGAGGCGUUACAACUGUGCAGCUUGAUGAUUUGGCCGCCGAAACUGCCGCCUACAUGACUGUCACACAUCCCGACUAUGCCAUCCUUGCUGCCCGUAUUGCAGUCUCCAACCUCCACAAGCAGACGAAGAAGCAAUGGUCUUCAGUCGUCAGCGAUCUCUACCACUAUGUGAACCCCAAGAACGGCCGCUUGUCCCCGAUGAUUGCGAAGGAGACGUACGAUUGUGUCAUGAGGCACAAGGAGGAGCUUGAUUCUGCCAUCGUUUACGACCGCGACUUCAACUACCAAUACUUCGGCUUUAAGACCUUGGAGAGAUCCUAUCUUCUCAAGCUUGAUGGCAAGAUUGCCGAGAGACCACAGCACAUGAUCAUGCGUGUUGCCGUUGGCAUCUGGGGUGACGAUGUUGAGCGCGUCAUUGAGACGUACAACUUGAUGUCGAGCAAGUGCUUCACCCACGCUUCGCCCACAUUGUUCAACGCCGGUACUCCCCAGGCACAGCUGUCGUCCUGCUUUCUCGUCGACAUGAAGGAAGACUCUAUUGAGGGCAUCUACGACACUCUGAAGACCUGCGCCAUGAUAUCAAAAAUGGCCGGCGGCAUUGGUCUAAACGUCCACCGCAUCCGUGCCACUGGCUCCUACAUCGCCGGCACCAAUGGCACCUCCAACGGUGUUACCCCUAUGCUCCGCGUCUUCAACAACACCGCCCGCUAUGUCGACCAGGGUGGCAACAAGCGCCCCGGUGCCUUUGCCAUCUAUCUCGAGCCCUGGCAUGCCGACGUCUUCGAGUUUUUGGACCUCCGCAAGAACCACGGCAAGGAGGAGGUCCGUGCCCGUGACCUUUUCCUCGCCCUUUGGAUCCCUGAUCUCUUCAUGAAGCGAGUGGAGAAGAACGGUGACUGGACACUGAUGUGUCCCAACGAGUGCCCGGGUCUUGCCGACUGCUAUGGCGAGGAAUUCGAAGCCUUGUACGAGAAGUACGAGCGCGAAGGCAAGGGUCGAAAGACCAUGAAGGCCCAGAAGCUCUGGUAUGCCAUUCUCGAGGCCCAGACUGAGACCGGCAACCCUUUCAUGCUCUACAAGGAUCAUGCCAACCGCAAGAGCAACCAGAAGAAUCUCGGCACCAUUCGAAGCUCCAACCUUUGCACGGAAAUCAUUGAGUACUCGGCCCCUGACGAGGUCGCCGUCUGCAACUUGGCGUCCCUUGCUCUCCCUUCUUUCGUGAACUACAACGACGGAAUCUAUGACUUCCAGAAGCUACACGAUGUCACCCAGGUUGUUGUUCGCAACCUGAAUAGGAUCAUCGACGUCAACCACUAUCCCGUCCCGGAGGCUCGCAACAGCAACAUGCGCCAUCGGCCCAUUGGCCUCGGUGUCCAGGGUCUUGCUGAUGCAUUCUUGGCUUUGCGACUGCCGUUCGAGUCGCCUGAGGCUCGUGAACUGAACAAGAAGAUCUUCGAGACCAUCUACCACGCUGCUCUCACCAUGUCAGUGCAGCUAGCCAAGGAGGAGGGCACCUAUUCGUCUUAUGAAGGCUCCCCAGUCUCACAGGGCGUCCUUCAAUAUGACAUGUGGGGAGUCAAGCCCUCCGACCUCUGGGACUGGGAUUCUCUCAAGGAACAGAUCAAGCAGCAUGGUGUGCGUAACAGCUUGCUCGUCGCCCCCAUGCCAACCGCCAGUACUUCCCAGAUUCUGGGCAACAACGAAUGCUUUGAGCCUUACACCUCCAACAUCUACCAGCGUCGCGUCUUGGCUGGUGAGUUUCAGGUUGUCAACCCUUGGCUCCUCAAGGACCUCGUCGACAUGGGCUUGUGGUCUGAUGCCAUGAAGAACCGCAUUAUUGCUGAGAAUGGCUCCGUGCAGAACAUUCCCAACAUUCCCGCCGAGGUCAAGGCCCUGUACAAAACCGUCUGGGAAAUUUCCCAACGUACCGUCGUUCAAAUGGCCGCCGACCGUGGCGCCUUUAUCGACCAGUCCCAGUCCCUCAACAUUCACAUGAAAGACCCGACCAUGGGCAAGAUCACUAGCAUGCAUUUCGCAGGCUGGAAGCUAGGGCUGAAGACCGGCAUGUACUACCUGCGCACGCAAGCUGCUGCUGCCCCCAUUCAGUUUACUGUCGACCAGGAGGCGCUGAAAAUUGCCGACAGCAAUAUCAGCAGUAAGGUCCUCAACAAGAAGCGCGCGCCGCCGCCAGGUCAUAUUUCAUCUCCUUCCACGAACCUGGGCCCGAGGCCUAUGUAUGCAAAGAAAGAAGAGGGUUCUUCCCAAGACAACGGCAUUCCUACGCCUAGCGUCACGCCUCCUCGGACGGCGCCUGCCCAGAAGCCCGACAACAUGAAGGCUGAUAUUGAAGAGGGCGGUAGCCCCCGCGCUCUCCCUAUGGAGCCUGCCGAUAAGCUCAAGAUAGAGGAGCUUCAGACCCCCGGUAGCAAGACCCCCGAUGCCGAGGAUAAGGCAGAAGACAGCAAGGAACGUGAGAUGGAUAUCUAUUCUGAAGCUGUUCUUGCAUGCAGCAUUGAGAACCCUGAGUCUUGCGUCAUGUGCAGCGGUUGA